UGUCACACUUGCUAGACCGUUAUUUUAAAUAUUGAAUAGUUAAACUCAUUAAACAAUAAACAUGGUGAGUUCAUCAAUACUCAUCGAUUUUACUAUUUUUAACAACGUUUCUUGAAUGUGGUCACAGUUUGUGUCAUUCCGUUUGUGAAAGUAAAAAAGUGGCAAGUUAACCUAAGAAAAAAUGGCGCCAAAAACUGUCCAAUUUUUUGUGGACCAGUGUUUGAAAAGCAAUUUCGACCACGUUUGUGGCCUUAUCACCACCGAAAAGCCCAAACUCGACUCUUCAAGUGCAAUAAAAAUCAUCAAUGCGAUUUGUUACGCUUGCAACCAAAAUUUAGCAACACCUGAGAAAGUCAAUGAAGUGGCUUUGGAGCGCCUUUUGGGGCUUUUACUGACCUCCAUUGACUUCACAACGGACGACAACUUCGAAUCUUACCUCAAAAGUGUUUUCUACAUCCUUAAACUACUGGAAAAGAAAAACGUCGAGUUGAUUUUACGCUUGGAGCGGCUUUUUUUGCCCCCUUUCAAGCCUUUAAUCCUCACCGACAAACACAUCAAAUUUUACAAAAGCAUCUGCUCGGCUUUAUACAACGUGAUCGUCCGAAUCGUCCAAGGUGGGCCCCACAAGGGGGCUGUCUCCGACCUGUGCCACCUCCUCACCCGUAUGUGUGCCAAAAUCAACAACAAACCCAAACUACUCGAAACAAUACACAACUGUCUCGUCGCCUACUUAAUACUCAAAAUUGACCCCCAAACGGCCUUCAAAUUUUACAAAUUCAGUCUUAAUUUCAUCACCGGUGUCGAAACAUCAUUGUUCCCCCAAGUCGUCAAAAAUUUCGACUUAAUUUACAACAACUUGCUCAAAAGUGGGGCCAAUGACUCGGCAAGUGCCUCGUACCGACUCACCAUAGCCAAGCUUGAAGAGUUGUUCCCGGGGCCUGAGUUUCAACAUUUGCGCGAAAUUAUGCGGGCUGUCGAGGGGGCCCCCCCGACAGGGGCCCCCUUGUCUCGGGUGUCCCCCGACACGCCCUUUAUAACCCCCGUGUGUGAAGUAAUCGCAAACGUGGCCGCAACGCGCCUCCAACUGUACAAGGCCAAGCCCGAGGUGUGGCGAGCCGAAGCCGAGUGUCACACCACAUAUUUCAAAUUUCUGGGGGAGGUUUCGGUAAUUUUGGGGCGUUUUGACAAAAAGGGGGCCCUACGUGUGUUGGACACCAUCGCCAGCCUGGGCCGACUCACAAUAGUGGGUUCGGACGAAAUACCGAAAAACUACCAGUUGGAAGUUCUAACUCAUUUGGAGUCGUUUAUUGACGGUUUGGACGCGUUUAAAUCACACAGUGACAAAUGGAAGGAGUUCUGGUACGCCUUGGGUGUGCACUUGUACACAAUCGGCGUCCAUUUGAACCAAAAACACGAUUCGGAACUUUCGGUACUCUACUUGCGCAAGUUCGUCCAAAAGUACCACGACUACCAGGCGCUCGAAUCGUCCAUUAUUGGCAAAAACUACGUGGUGGCGGCCCUCCAACUCAUCUCCGACCACCACCUCAAACGCCAAGAGUUCGAACAAUGCUUGGCUUUCAUCGCAUUGGCCAUUCUCUUCGGCUCCGAUCCGAAAAUCGAAAUCCAGCGCUGGAUUUUGGCGAAAGUUGCGGCAAGGGACCGAAAUGUUCCGAACGUGCAAGAAAUGACACUAGUUUCGGCCCUUGAUAAGUCCGAACUUUCGCCAAGUGUGGACAAAGACCGAAAGAUCGAACUGUUAGAAGUGGAAUUGCGUGGUUAUUUGAAACGCUGGCAAAGUAAAGUUUCCAUGAGUUCGGCCCUGGACCAUUUGAGUCAAUUGGCCGACCCGGUCCGAACAGGUCGGCUCAUUACCGAAGUGUGGACAAGCGGGGAUUUACCGUUUCAUGACACUUUUCUAACAAUCCUACACCGAGUUAUCACAAACUUCGAAAAGGUCCGAACGUGCCCGACCCUGGCCCACUUGUACUUCCUCAAGCACAAAUACAAGGUGAAAGCGCGAGUUUGGAAGCACUGUGAGGAGUUAGAGAGGACGCUAAAUGACGAAGGGACCGAACCAGGUUCCGACCUACUUUCAUGUUUGGAAUUAAGUAACUAUUUAAAAAUGCUCAAAGACUUGCAAAAGUCGCUCGAUUUGUGCCGAACGUUCUCGAAAGGGUCCGAACGCUUCUACGCACUCUUGAUCGACCUCGGCCACGAGUUCCGACUCCAGGGGCACACGCUCCAGGCCCUGGAGGCCUGGCAGCUGGCCCACGGCCAGGCCCGAACUCCGACCGAAAAGGUCGAAUCCAUCGGCUUCAUCAUCGAGUGUUCGGACGCGUCCCAACCCUACGUUCGGUCUUUAGUCGACGAGGCCGACGCUUGCAUCGAGUGCCUCGAGUCCGAACAAAACUACAACAAACUUAUCGUCUAUUUUUUGUGCAAAUCUUUGGCGUUUUUCGAUUCGGACUUCCAAACGUCAUAUGCGGCAUUCAAGCGAGUGAAGAACUUGCUAGAAACUUGCACUGUUAGUGAUAUUUUAAUGGCGAAAGUUUUUCUGACCGAACAUAAGUUUAUGUCGUUGCCGUGCCACUACGGCGUGGAAGAUCACACGAAAUUCACCAUAGUCCGAAUACAUCAAGCAGGCGAUAAGGCGACCGAAUAUUUCAAGCAAUCGCGGUGCUCGUCGUUCGGCGUGCGCAUUUUUUUCGAUGUUUUCGAAUUUUUGGCGCGAAUGUACACCAACUUGCGGCUACCGCUUGAGGUCCGAAGUUUGAUCAAAAGUUCGGUCAGUGUCGCCCGGGAACUGUUACUCCCUUUUCGCACCGCCACUGUCUUAUUUUACCUAAUCAACGCUGACGUGAUGUCAAUGCGCUUCGAUGACGCUCGUGUCAAGAUUCGGGAAUUUUCGGACAUUGUCGGUUUGAAAUACGACGACGUUGAUGUGAACAAACAAAUCGACGAAUUGUGUGAUGUGUUGGUACAACUGCAAGUGCAAGAGUCAACCGAUGCAGGGUCGCCAAUCUUCCGCAAUGACACUUUCAAACUUCCCGAUUUCAUGCGCCACGAGGCGACGUGCGAGUGUUUCAAGUGUAUAUCUUAUGAAUAUCGGGAUAACGUCCUCAAAAUUAAUUUCCUGGCCGGGCUUUUGGCUUUAUACGAAGGGAGAUUAACACAAGCGAAGAAUUGCUUCAUGAUUGCCAUAACUAUUUACAAGUUUAUCAAAAAUAACCACUCGGACUUUACCAAAAAAUGGGCCAAAAAAAUCACGCCUGAUUUAGUACCGAACCUAGUACCGUUCCUCGAGACAUAUUGUUACAUUUUGAUAAAUUGGGCCAACUGUGCACUUAAACAUGGCAAAAUUUCAAGUGGCAAAAAAAUGAAUAAGAUUGUGUUACAAAAUCUGGAGCCUCUACACUCAAAACUGCCAUACUUGUCUUACGAGGCCUUGGCCCAGGAAAUAAACAUCGUAGAGUUCGAGAAAGAAACAGAAAAAACUACACUCCAAGUUGAAAGUGAUGAUGAGGAUAAAAAUAUUAACACCGGCGUAAAAACGCCCGAAAAUCGAGUGUCCACGGUUACAGUGUCGCCAACUAUUGUUCCCGACAAUGCCGACAACUACCGAAUCAGGCCGAAGUUGCUCGAGUUCGUCCUGAGCGAUGAGGAAGAAGAUGGGGAGAAAAAGGGGGAAACCCCGGCCAAGCCUAGGCGGAGGGGGCGUCCAAGGAAGGAGGAAAAAACACCGGCGCCUUCGACCUCCAAAAUUAGGAUUUAUGUCGAUGAUGGGGUGAAAAAAGGGGCGGCUUUGACCGAAAAUCAAAGUGAAGAACCGAAUUUUAAAACUCCCGCGCCUAAAAAAGGGGCGAAUAAAAAUGAUGUUUUGGCGAAUCGUACAAAGGUUUUGACCAAAACGUUGCGCAGUUCUAGUCAAAAAGUUGUGGAAGCGAACGAGGUCCGAACUAGUCUGUUCCAAGAUGGGGGAAGUACCGAAACGUGUGCCAGGAAGACCAGGAGACAAAGAUAGGGUUUUGUAUUUAUGUAAAAAUUAGUUAAAUUAUCAAAGUGUUAAUUGUAUUUUUGUACUUAUGAAAAAUAAACUACCAAAGUGUUGAUUUA